AUGGAUCCAAGUGACGAAUGAUGCUAUUUCGAAGAUGUUGUCAAGGCUGAAGGCACCUUUUGUACUCCUAGACUAGAGCCUCAUUUUUCUCAACUUAUUGCAGUCUGCAACUUCUCUGGCUUUAUCGUUAUAGCAAAAGACUCAAAAAUUGUGCUUAUCCCAACACGAUUUUUAGAAGACUAUAUAAAAGGGACUGAGCCGCCUCAGUUCUUUGAAAAAGAUUUCCCAGAAAUCAUAAACCUAGUGGCGGCCAAUGAGACUGGCAGCUUGUUAGCUGUCGCUUGUAGGAAUAAGCUACAUAUAUUAGGGACUAGGAAAUGGAUAAGAAAUACCGCACAGAGCUACCAAGUAAUAACAACACAAAGUCCUAUAAGGUGAAUAGAAUGGAAUAGAAAAAUGUUAGGGGUUUUACAGGAAAAUGGGUGUCUAGAUAUAUAUUUGAAGGACAAACUUAUAAGUGGGCAUGAAAAAAUCAAGUGUUUUGGAUUUUUGAAAAGCAGAGAUAGACAGUGUGUGGCUUGUGGAGAAAUGGGGGUUAUUAUUAUAGAUAAUAAGACAGGGAAAAUUUUAGUCCAGCAUCCGCUGGAAGAGGUAGUGCCUUUUGGAAUUAAGGAAAUAGGGAAUAAAAUGAUAGUAAUUUUUGGCUUCAGAGGAGAAAAUGCUAUAGUGCAGGUUUAUUCAUUAGAUCCUUUAGCUCUCUUACUCCACCUCCUCCAUGAGUGAACGAAACCAUUAGAAAAAUCCUUAUUUUGCAAAAAACCAACCCUCCGUGAGCGAAAAAAAAAAAUUUUAUGAAAAAAUUGAUAUAUAAGUGAUAAUUAGUAUAAUGAAAUCUGAGCUAAUUCUGUUUAAUUUUUAAAAAUUUGAGUUUAAAACAUAAUUUUUAUAAAUUAAAUUAAUAUUUACUUUCCAAUUUUUACGAAUUACGAUUUUUUUAAAAUUUAAAAAAAAAAAUUAACCCCCAUCCAUGAGCGAAACAAAAUUUUUUUUGUUCACUGACGGAGGGGGGAGUUAGGCGAGCAAAGUGAUACUGAUUUAAUGCCUUAUUCACUGCCUGAUGAGUACAAUGAAAUGCCAAGCAAGCCAAUUGUAGCUUAUUUUGACUAUAUUUCGAGCAGAAAUACUCUGAUUUUGUCAUCAUAUGAUCAAGUAAUAAAAUGGCUAUAAGAAAUUAGUUCCAUUCGAAAACAUAUCCACCUCACGAUUUAUUAUUAUAAGGUUCAGGCUUUCAUGUGCCUUUGUGCGCUAUGCAAGUAUGGAAUAGCCACAUAGAGUAAUUCGGUGGCCCUAGGAAGAAGGAAGCAUAUGGUUUGAUUUAGCUGGCACCUGAGAAGGGUGAUCUUAGGCGGAGCAUACGCUGGGGCAAGGUCAAUACCACCAUUAAAUAUAGAAUUUUCCCAUAGAUGACACUGCUUUGCCCUUGAUUUGCCCACUGAAAAUUUUUUUUGGUUUGACCAAACCAUAUGGUACUGGUCGAACCAAAAAAUUUUUUCAGUGGGCAAAUCAAGGGCAAACUGCACCAUUUAAGGGAAAUUUCUAUACUCUUUGGCCUCCUUUGUGUGUCUUCUGGAAUGCUUGCAAGACAAGAUAAUUUCUUAUAUCACCACUUGGGUUUUAAAAGAGUGGGCGAUGUCUAUAUCACUUUGCUGAAGAGAAGAAGUACUUUAAAUCUUAAUCAAUAAAUAAUAAUCAUCUGGAUCAAGCCAAGCAAGUAUUAUGUACAAUAUUGGGGAGGAUUCUAGGAUUUACUUAUGAGACGAAAUUGCACAAUGGAAAGGCAAAGUUUUAUGGGAAGAGUCUAAAGAUACUGAGCACAUUAUGAGAGGCUUUGGACUGGUUACAAAUUUCAAGCCUCACAGUGAGAUAUUUGAGUUUACUAUAAAAGAUGAAGACUUUAAGAUUUGUUAUCCGCCAAUGAUUGUGUUUAUAGGAAGUGAUGGGAAAAUUUACUUGAAAAAAUACAUUGAUUUGAGGGCUGAGUAUUUAAAUGAGAAUUUAAUCAAAGAAGGAAGAAAUCUGAAAGAUAUAAGUGAUGACGAAGAGGAAGGAAAAGUAGAUAAUAAAGGGAAAACUGAAGAGCAGAAAAGUAUAGCAAAGACAGCUGAUGUGAAAAGAGAAGAAAUAAAGACUGAGACGAACUUAUUUAACCCUAAACCGAUAGAUUCAUCAGCAGAACCGCAAAAAAAGCUGGAUGCAGUGUCACCGUUUGGCCAAACAGGAUUGUUUAACCCAUUUCAGAAACCUAAAUCCCCUCUUUUAAAUUUGAAUAAAUAUCGGCUAAAUUUUAAUUUUUUGCCUUUAAAUUGGAAAAAAAAAUUUGGGCGAAAAUAAAAUUUUUUAUAAAAUAGAUUUACCUAAUUUAAUGGAAAAAGUGCAAAUAGAAAUCAUUUAAGUAGUUUGUACAUUAAAUCAAUUAAUUUUUUAUUAGUUUUCCAUAAAAAUAAAUUAAAAAUAUUUCAUCAAUAAUUUAUCUGUUUAAAAAUUUUAAUUUUAAAAGGAAAAUGCUAUAACAAAUUGUUGAAAUUUUAGGAAAUUAUAUAAUCCGUUGGCAAAAUUUCUUAUGGACGUUAUACGCGCCAUUUUCAUAUGAAAUUUCAAAUUAAGAAUUUGCCGCACUAAAAUCUGCGUUUUGAAACGCAUAUUCGGUUUUUACAUACCAAAUUCAAAAUGACAUGCAUAUGCAUGAUCAGAAAUUUAGGCAAUAGAUAAUAUGUUUUAAUUAUAAAUUAUAAUAUAAUUUUUUUAAUUUUGAAAUUUAAAUAAGAUUUGCUCUAAUUUAAAGGGGAGUGAGGAAAAAACUCAGCCUGCCCAGACUACUGGAUUAACAGAAGAAAGCAAAAAAUCUGGAGAAAUAACCUCUGGGCUAUCAAAACUUACACAAAAACCACUAGACUUGCCUAUAUCCGCUGAUCCUAAAGCUUCAAAUCCUUUUAGCGCCUCUUUAGGCCCUCAAGCUAGCUCUUUUAUCCCCUCAAAACCAGAAAUAAAAGCAGAUGCAUUCAAAGUCUCAGAAGAAAAAAAAGAAAAUCCUUUCCAGCCCAAAUCAGAAGCAGCUGCAAAGACAACUAGCCAAAACCCGUUCUUCAUCCAGAAGCCUGAAGAAUCCAAAAGCACUGCUCAAAAUCCUUUUUCUCUAUCAAGUUUGCAAACUAGCUUUUCACAGGUAAAAACUGAAGAAUCUUCAAAGACUGCAAAUCAAGGUCAAUCUCCAUUUGGUACUUCUUUGAUUUCUCAACCAAAGCCAGAAGAAGCUACCAAAAAGCUAUUUGAUGCUCAGCCGCCUCAGCCUAAGGCCGAAGAACCUACAAAACCAUCUGCUGUCUUCCCAGCCCAGCCAAAGCCUGAAGAUACUAAAACAGCUCAACUCCCUUUAAAGCAGCCAGAACCCUUAAAACAGCCCGAACCUUUGAAGCAAUCAGAACCCCCCAAGCCAGCUGACACCACCAUCCUCAAACAAGAAAAAGAAAAACUCAUAAAUUUCCUCCAAAUCACCAUCCAAGAGACCUCCACUUCUUUCUCCCAGCUCGAAUCCCAACAAAUCAACGACUCCGUCCUCUCCGACAUAAAAUCCAUCAUCUCCGACUCCCAAAAAAUAAUCAACCUCAGCAAACAAAAAAUUUUCACCCUCAGUCAAAAAUUAGACGACCUAACUGCCUCCCACAUAGAAAACAAAAUUGACGCUGACGCUGUAAAAAACAUUUUCGAGAUGGCCAAAACCCAGCUAGAAGUCAAAAAUGACCUAGAUGAAGGGGACAUUGACCCAAGACUUAUCCGGUCUAUUGAAGAAUUUGAAUGCCGAACUACCACUUUUGAGCAUUAUUUUAAGGUUGGGCUUGAAAAAAUCAUCAAAAUGAUAAGAUCCCAAAGGAAUCAGCUCGGGGUGAAAACUGACGAAAGCACAAACAUGCUGAGAGUUACCAGAAAACAUAUCCCAAAUACAAAGCAAAAAACUGUGAAAUAUCCGAAAGAAAUUAUUGAUAAUUUAAUAGUGUCAAGAAUAGAACAGGCCAGUAGGGUUAUAAGUGAGCUGGAUUUAAAGGUGAGGGGCUUAGGCAGAGCGCUGAGACCUUCUCAGCAAAAAAGGUUCGCCUUUGACGAUGUAGAAAAUAGUGAUGAAGAAGAAAAAGAAGAAAAUAUAGAAGAAAAAAUAGAUUUUAGAGACCCAGCGGAACAGCAGAGGAGGUUUAAAGACUGAAUUAAGCCACAGAUUAUACAGUCUAGAAUAGAAAAACCGAGGCAAAGCUUGGCAACUCCACAGCAAAAUGCUGUGAGGCAGCCUGAUAAAAAACUGCCUAGCGAAGUUAUCAAAUUUGAUACUAUUAAAGAGAAAGCAGCAGAAAGUCCAAUAAUUUCGACUAAAAAGAAGUCUAUAGAACAUAUAAUGGAAGUAGCUUUUAAAAAGCCAGAACCAAAAGUACAGGUAGAGCCCCCUAAAGUGCAGCAGCCAAUGCAAGCAAGUCUUCAAGUUGAUUCAGCUCCGAAUCCUCCAACACAAUCAGUUCAAUCUAGCCAGCCUUUUGCACCUCAAAAACUUCAGCCACAGCCUACAACUGUUCCAGCUUUUUCAACCAACCCUCCAAAGCCAGCUGAGAAAGUAGAGCCUCCAAAGCCUGCAAGCUCUGGGUUCUUUGUUAACCCAACAUCUCAGGCAGCUAAGCCUUCUCAGCAGUCUUUUCCAUCAAAUCCUCUUCAAAAUUCAUUGACAACACCUCAAAAACCUUUAUUAACAGCUCCUCUAUCCCAAUCAAUCCUUAACCCUCAGAAACCUCCUAAUGCAGUCAAUCCGUCCUUACUAAGCCCGGAAAAACCAUUUUCUACAAGCUCUAUACUUGGCACCCAGCCUACAAAUCCUGCACAGCCACCAGCCCAAAAUUCGUUCUUUGUGGCAGCCCAAAAUACGUUUACAGCUCCAAAGCCAACAAAUCCUAGCCCUUUUAUCCCAAGCAGUCAGCCAGCUCCAAAUUCUUUAAUGUCGCUUGCACUUAACUCUCAGCCUGCUCCAGUUAUGCCAACUUUUGGGCAGUCAGGGUUUGGGUCCACUUCAUUUGCACCUUCGUCAUUUCCAACGGUAAAUUUAGGUAAUAAAACCUUUGGGAAUCCAGGACAGCCAGUAUCAUUUGGAUCUUUUGCACAACAAGCUGGGCAGCAGCCUAAUCCAGCAGUGCAGCAGCCAUUUGGAGCUUUUAUGUCUAACCAGCAAAGUGGGUCACAACAGAGUUCAAAUCCAUGGAUACAACAAAGAAAAUAA